AUGGCCAUGAUUUGGAAAAGCGUCUUGUUAUUGAGUCUAUCGAUCUCACUGCCCUCCGCGCUUGCAUCCCCCAAAAAGCAUGGCGGAGGCCAUAAAGGGCAAGGCGACACUCAACAAUCGACGGUAGAAUAUUCAUUCACGCCGUCUUCUGCGCCUCCGCUUCGAAACCACUCAACUUCUGAGCCGCAUACGCCUUUCACUGAAAAUGCAACUACCACGGGUGCUUUGACUGCUACCUCCAUUGGAACGACCAUAACUAGUGCUGAUGUACCAGCUGGAGCUACAAGCUAUCCUGCCGAUGGAAACCUUCACCAUGCCGAGCCUGUUCCUUUUGAACCGGCUGGUGGUGUCGGGACGAAUGGGAGUACGCCUGUUUAUAACGCAAGGAGUGAUUUUGACUAUGAAUCUUUAGCUCUUUCUUUGUACCAAGAAUGGAUGGAAUACGAUCUCUUUCAAGAUGGACUCAGUCGCUUCAACGAAUCAGAUUUCCAAGCCGCCGGCCUGAAGUCUGCAGAUCGCGAGUUGAUCAGUUUCAUGGCCCAGCAAGAGCUAGGCCAUGUCACCAUGCUGAGCAACAUCCUGGGAGCCCGUGCCCCACAACAGUGCACCUACAUCUACCCGUACACGAACGUGAAAGAAUUCAUCGACUUCUGUCAAAAGCUCACUCGGUUCGGCGAAGCGGGCGUGUACGGAUUUCUAGCCCAUCUGGACUCGCGCGAGGCCGCAACUCUGUUAACGCAGUCUAUCACCACUGAAGCACGCCAGCAGCUGAUUUUCCGUCAGUUCGAGGGCCUGUUCCCCAUGGUAGAGUGGUUUGAGCCUGGCAUACCGCAGUCCUGGGCCUGGACGCUGCUGGCUCCGUUUAUCAGUACCUGUCCUAAGAAUCAGACGCGGUUGAUAUGGCAGAACUUCCCGACACUGUUGAUCGUCAAUCAGCCUAACCCUUGGAAAUCGGGCAAUUCAUCUGUAGGCCGCAAUGGCACUUCUGGGUUUCCUCGUCCAACGAGUUCUGAUCAGGGUCUGGACCUGAAUCAAACCUCCUCAUUCAAUCAGACCUCCUUGUUCAAUCAAACUUCCCUAAUGAAUCAAACUGCCGGGUUCACAUUCAACCAAACCACGGGAAUCAAUGGCAAUAGUACCGUUGGACCAGGCGUCAGCAUCCCCAAGACACCGAAAGGUUCCAAUUUUUCCCGUACAGAUUUCAACUGCGGAGCAUCUGUUACCAAAAUCCGCCCGUCGCCUCUCUCCUUCCCAGGGCGCCGCGUGCUGUUGCAGUGGGAUUCUCCUGGGAAGCAAGUUGGCCCCAAUAAUAGCUAUGUGACCACAACACAGACGCAAGCCGGCAGUGCUAAGUACGUUGUUUGGAUAUCUCAGCUCAAUGUGACAUACACUCCUCUCCAAGUCGACAAUAGUACCGGUGGGACCAUUAGCAGCAGUACUGGCACCCGAGGGAUUACUACCCAGCCUGACUUGAAAACAUACCAGGGUGAUCCGGCUGUCAACGGUACUAUAUUUAUCGCCAUCACAGACAAUGAUCCGAUUCUGAGUCCGUUUAACUUGAGCCUGAUCAAUUCGCACGUGGUUGCUGGUCCAGCGUUGUACCAGGCUGGUUGA